AUGGUCUUAGGUAUGGGAUUCGUCCCGACUGGUGAAAAGAACAACGACCAUGCAGUCAUGUGGCCGGCAAUGGCAGCAAUCGCUGCUGUAGUGUUCUAUUGGAGUGUCGCCAAAAUGCGCGAGUUCUUCCGAUCCGUGGAGACUUUGCAUCAUGAGUUGAAGCAGUUCCAAUGUGAAGAUUGUUUAUGUUAUUGCUGUUCUAUCGGUCAUGCAACGGUAGAUGGCCAAACCCUGUUGUGCGAUCGGCGAAUCUUGCUGUCGUGCAUAACGCGGUGGUUUGGCAGCGUGCAGGCCUUCGACAGUGUGGUGCGCUCUGAAGUCCUGACUUGCUUGACGGAACAGCUUGCAUCGCAGGUCUUUACUUACAAGGAGUUCGUUGUGAUGGCUGUGCCUGUUUUGUGGUUACACAUGGACGAUGCAUCCACACCGCUGGACUGGAUUCUCCGCCCCGCAGAUGGGCACACCGUUUGGGUGGACUAUGAAAUGAAGAUUUCUGCACGGGCGAUCUUGCGAGGUGUUGGCGGGACUUUUGGUAAUGUGCCAAUUCUGUUCCACUUGACUUCAAAGCUUACAUGCUUGCUGCGUAAGCAGGUCGGCAGAACUGAACGAGUAAAACUAUGCAGCAGCGUGCUCAUCAACUGCUCUGUCAUUGUGAUCGUGAUUUUGGUCUUUGUGGGCAUGUUGUACCUUGAACUGGAGUUGCUCAUCAGCGGCAGCCUUGAAGGCAGCCUCUUUACCCUCGCCAUCUUUGACCUAGUUGUCAUUGUGUGCGCCAUGCUGAGUUUCAGAUGUUUUCCCACACAGAUUAACUUUUAG